AUGAAGCCUUCUAUCGAGCUUCAUGAAUUGCAUACGUUGUGUGAUGAAGCAUACGACUGUGGACCUGCGAUGGAAAAGUACCUGAAGCUGGUCGCGCACAUUGUCACUAAGGAUAGGUACCUUUGGUUUAUCGGAAGCGGAAACCGAUACGCCUUUCCACCUAAGGCGGACUGGCGCUGGAAAAAAUCAUUUGGAUGCGAUGGCACCUGUGCCGUGGACUGGGCGGACGAGUUGUUCCUUGUGGCGUGUGCGCUUCUUGUGCGCUGGAACGCCACGACUUCGACAGGCGACCUGGAUCGGAUUGCAUAUCUUUCCAAACCUCUGUCGGUAUGCCGUGAAAUCUUUGGAAGACUGCUCUCCCAACCGUUCUUCUCAACCUUGGAUACGCGGGCUUUCAGCUCGUCGGGUUUCCCAUUUCACAAGACGGCCUCAAGCUUGUAUUUUGCCACUCGUGUCAUGCAGUGUGCUUCCGAGAUUCUUCCAACGAUGAGCCGCAAACAGAGCCUCAAGAGCAUGAUAACUCCAGUUGCAAUGCUGGAAGUUUCAAGCGCGCUCGCUAUUGCCUCUCAACAUGAUCGUGCGAACCCCAGCGACGAGGACAAGCUUCAUCACGAUGAGUGGGCCACGUUGGACGACGGCAAGCCGCUCUGGUGGCCGAGCUGGAUCCUCAACGGAUACAUGCGCGUCCGCGACCUGCGCCGCUUCAUCGGUAACCCAGCUAGAGAAGAGUGGUCCCCGCUCUCACUCGUCAAGAGCUUCACCAACGCAAAGUACUACAACACGCUCCACGAGGCACUCGACCGGAGCCAGCUCUCGUCGCUCGUAGAGCAGGAUAGCUCCACAAUCUCGUCAGUGCAAGAUCUACCGUGGUGCUGGGCUCAACCAGCUGACGACGACGCCAAUCCCAAGCUCUUCAGAGUUGUCAAGCUCCGCACUGGCAGCCCGCUCACAAGCAGCUCACUCGGAGCCGGCCAAGUGUUCUACGAGUCGGAGAACGCCCUGAUCGCACCUGCCCAGCCAGGCCUAGUCCUCACCAAGUUCCGCCUGGCAACCGCGCAACACGCCACCGUCGUCUACUGGCGUGCUCCCAACACCAAGCCUGAACCAAACAAACGGGGAAAGAUUUUCCUCCCACGAAAGCAGCUGUACCAUGUUGGCCGCACUCAACUCAUGCCCCUCAUCUGGAGCAACAUCGUCCUCAACGGCGUUCACUCAAGCGUCCAGAAGCCCCUGCAAGUCACAUCGCACAAGCUCAAACUGAAAACGCUAAGGCAGCUGCUCACUCCACGUCCCUCGAGACCAGACGCCCUCCAAUGGUGGAUCAACAAAGUUGGCUACGUGCCCUUCGAAUCACUGGCCAGCUCCAUCAGAACCAGUCUAGUCACAUCCAAGCAAGCCUCCCUGCUCUGGCGCAUUGCACACCGCACCAACCGACUGGGCGCCGACUGGCUGGAAACAGAUGGUCAAGCGCUGCGCGCCGGCUCGCUCUCCCGCGAAGAGUACGACGACAGAAUUGCCACUGGGCGCUACGACUGCGCGCACUGCAAACACGACGGCCGCUCGGCCAGAGAGACCUGGCACCACAUCCUUGUCCGCUGCCACACAGCCCAAGCGGUUUGGGAAACCGCGAACGCCAUCUUCCAGCACGCUCACUCAAGUUCCCUCCCAAUGUUCGACAAAGCCCUCCUGUUCGGUCCCUUCCCCACCACGCUUGCGCGUAAAAAGGAAAUGCGAGCGCUUGCCACGAUCCUGUACCACCUCGGACGCUGGGCGAUCUGGCGCACCCGCUGCGAAGCAAAAAUCAACAACACAUUCACACCCAGCCACACCACCUUCAUCAAACUCGUCCACUCCCGCGCCCUGCAGGACAUUGUGCCGCGAGCCCCGCCUGCUGACUCUCCCACGUCGAAGAUGUGGGGAAAGUGCAUUGUCAGGUCAGAAGAGAAGACCACCAUUUCACUUCUACCCCCGAAACCCGGUGAGCAUGAGCAAACCGAGUCACCAAGCGGCGCCCGUAUGACCAGGACGCUAACACCAAACUUGCAACCGCAAGAAUAA